GAGCACCGCGCCCGCACGGGCGCCCCGGUGCCGGUACGGCGCUGGGCCGUCCGGUGCCGAGCAGCGCGGUGACUGCGCGGCCCCCGGCAGGCCAUGUCGGUGAUCGGAGACCGGAGGUCCCGGGAGCAGAAAGCAAAGCAGGAGAGGGAGAAAGAACUGGCCAAAGUGACCAUCAAGAAGGAGGACCUGGAGCUGAUCAUGACGGAGAUGGAGAUCUCGCGGGCGGCCGCCGAGCGCAGCCUGCGCGAGCACAUGGGCAACGUGGUGGAGGCCCUCAUCACCCUCACCAACUGAGCGCCGGGGCGGCCGGACGGGCACUGCCUCGCCGGAGGCAGGGUUGGCCGAGACGCCGUGUGUUCCCUCACCCAAUAAAGGCACUGGUGGGACUGG